GAGGCUGCGACCGUACAGACGGAUUAUACCGAGAUAACAUUGCCGAGUGGACAUAAACAUUAAAAACGUCGGAAAAUAACAGUAAAAUAAUAGCGGUGGUAUGGAAAUAAACUGGUUUUGAAUGGCACUGGUGUAGGGCAUGUCUACGGAGUCCAUUUAGAAGUGGAUGAAGCCUACUUAUCUCAACACCACCCCAAAAUUAUGGAUUUAAGCACUGCUGCGAGGCCUCCGAUAGGGAGGAGAAUGAAGACACGGGCACCUCCGCCACCCUCUGCCCCUCAGCCGGCCCCUCGCAAGAUCUUCCGUAACGCCCUCCCUGAUGGAGGAGUUCUGGACGCCAACGAGAACAUACCACAGAGCGUUUUGGAUCUCCACCUCACGCUGCCUAAUGGAUACCAGACCUUGGUGACUGUAGAUGGCAGGAGAGCUCUGAUGGACGUUUUGGUGGACCUGUGUGCUCAAUAUCAUCUAAACCCAGCUGAUCACACCUUAGACCUGGCGUCAGCAGAUGGCCAACCUGUUCCCUACAAGCCCAGUACCAUAGUGGGUACCCUGGAUAUCAGCCGUGUCCUCGUCAAAGAGAGAGUGUGGGAGGAGCGGGCACCAAGAAGACCGGCACCUAAAGUGCCAGAGAAGACAGUACGUCUGGUGGUGAACUACAGCCGCGGUCAGAAGGCGGUGGUGCGCGUGAGUCCGCUCGUACCCCUGCAGACCCUGGUGCCCACCAUCUGUCAGAAGUGCGAUUUCGAUCCUGCACGCGUGCUGCUGCUCCGAGACGCCGUGAGCCAGCACGAACUGGACCCGCACAAGUCCGUGGCCGAGCUCAACAUCCGCGAGCUCUACGUGCUCGACCAGAGACUAGCUCUGCGACCUAAAACUGUCUCCGCUCCUGUCCUUAAUCACUCAGUGGACUCUGUGCGCUCUGAUGCUCCAAGUGCCAGUGGAGGUGAAAAGAAGGGCUUUCUGGGAUUGUUCAAGUUCAACAGAGGAAAAUCAAAGGGUCCUUCCACGGUCAGUGGUGUGUAUGUGGAGGCUCGUCCCAACACUCUAGGCCAAUCACAAUCAGCCAUGAACCUCUCCAGGGUCUCUCCCAAAAUCGAACCCAAAAAACGGCGCGCUCCCGCUGCUCCUCCGGUGCAGAUCGAGACGCAGGCAAGCCAGACGCAGAUACAGUACGAUCCUGCACAGGCACCCCAGACAAAACCAGCCUCACCAAAACUGGAUAACCAGUUGAAGAAGCGAAAGGCCCCGGCACCUCCACCCUCUACAGCCCCCAGCACCCCCUCAUCAAUCCCUGCAAUGCCCAUUGUCCGGGUUCUUAGUGCUACUGUGCCAACUGACGACUCCAUGUCCGACCUGAGCCACAGCAUCGAGGACUCGGAGCCCACUCCCUCCAUCUGCAGCAGCUCCAGCAGUGAUUAUGCAGCUGAAUCUAGCAGCCUGGCUGAGGAACCCAUGCCCAGACCUGCUGCGUUUGAGCUGGAGCCUGAGCUGGAGAUUGAGCCAGAGCCCAAGAUUAAGCCUGAGCCCAAGCUGGUUAUUCUAAAGGCAGCACCUUUACCAGAAGCAGUUCCUGAACCGCCUCCUCAGCCGGUGCCCAGAACCGUGGUGAAACGAGAGCCUGAGGAGACCGAAUCAGCACUGGAACUCAAAAUGGACGAGGUGGAGAACAACCGUCACAGUGCAAUAGGCUGGCUGAGCUUGGCCGAGCAGGAAGCAGAGACGGUGAGCAUGUGCAGCAGUGAGAGUUUCGCCGAUCAGGGGUACGCGGCGUCGGAGGGCAUGGCCGACUCCCCGAGCGCCUCACCGGAGGACACAGUGUCCCUGUGUCCCGACCCCUCGCCCAGCCCCAGCCAGCCUCAAGAGGACAGCGAUGAUGACGAGGGCUGCGCCACCUGGGGAUCACGCUACAGCACUAGAGACGUACGAGGAGAGCACCAGUCAGUCAAGAGAUGGAACGGCUAUGGGGACACAGAGAUCACUGCUCAGAUCCACUUAACCCUGGCAGACCUGGAUGCAGAUCUAGUGCAUGCUGCUGAUCAAUCAGAGGUGGCAUCUGUGCGCAUGAAAGAUGAUAUCCCCGUGUCUGUGGUUGACCUGGACAUUCCAGUUACAUCCAUUGACGACGUCCUUGAUGAUGAUCGCUCCAGUAUGAGUGCUUAUGAAGUUGCACUGCUACGCAGCAACAUUAAAAAACAAGAUAGCUCCAACAAGAUAACUGUGGAUCUCCAGAACAAAAAUAACAACGCAACAAGGGUUGCUCAUGUCCAAGUAGGUCAAUACCAGACACUUGAUUCUAGUAAGAAGGCUGAGAACAUUGCAACAGGUCCAUGGAUCAAAAGCGAAAGUCAAACGGAGAGACUCAAGUCGCCAGAGAUGUCUCAAAACCCUGUAGUGUCUUCUGUUUCAAGAGCCCUUCCAGAUAGCAAAAUUUUACCUUCAAAACUGCUACCAGAAGUAGAACGAACCGCAUAUGCUAAAGGUCCCACACCCUAUCAAAGCAAGAUCACACAGAACCCCAUGUCUAGAUUUGGAUUGAAGACUUUCACAAUCGUCCCACCCAAACCAGCUGUGUCCCAGACUCCGAAGCCAGUCGGCUCCCUUCGCACAGGUGCCAUCAAAAUCGAUGAGUUUGGUAACAUGGUCAAGCAGACGGAGGUCCGAGACAGAUCUGGUCUUCCUGAUGGGGUAAAUAAUGACCUAGACUCACCGCUUUUGGGAAAAGCAAAGGCCUUUUGGAAUUCAGCUCAGAAGCAGGAUUUACCACCUCUCACCAAUACAAGAGCCUCUGUAAAGACUAGAGAACCUGGAUUUCUCAAAUCUGAGAUACCUGUAACAGCAACAUCACUGGCGAAAUCAAGUCUUCAACAACCAAAACAAGUCAGUGGGUCAGUCACCAACCUGUCCUCUGUAAGGACCAGAGAAGCUGAGAUACCUCACUCUGAGAUGCCUGUAAAGAUGAUAUCUAGAGAGAAAGAAAAGUCAAAUAUUCAGGAACCUCUGAAACAGUUUGGUGGCUCAACCCCCAAUUUGGCAUCUGCUGUGAUAAAGAAGCUUGCAGUUGCAGAUCCUGCUGAGAGCAUGUUCUUCUCAGAGCACCGGAAGAACUUCCUUGUGCCCUCCAGAAGAACCUCUAGUCAGUAUGUAGCUUCCGCUAUUGCCAAGUACGCCGGGAAUACCUCAACCAAGGGUGGAGUUCAGGAGCUCCCGGAAUCAACUGGUUCACAAAAACAAGUUACUAACCAAGGUGUCAGUCUUGCAGUAUCUGCAACCUCAGUGCCUAAAACAACAUCCACUGUGCAGCAGCAACUUACCAACCAGGCCAUCAAGCCAGCUAUAUCAAACCAUAAGAACUUACCUGCACCUACAAACGUCUCUUAUAACGCUGGUCCUAAACGGUCUCAAAGCUAUAUAAGUUAUAUCGCAGAGAAGGUGGAAGUCUUGGAAGAACCACAAUUCACCGGUACUACCACCAAAACUCUGAACUCCAGUCUUAGAAAUAAUAACACACAAGUGUUCAUGUAUCCCAAACCUACCCAACAUCCUCCUAAAAACAGCACAACAGCAAACAAGGUCCCUAAAAAUGCAUCACCUCCACAGAGCCCAACAAACACCCAUCUAUCUGUCCCCAAGAAGCCGGAGGUUUCCAUUCAGGUUGCCCCAUCCGAACCCAACCAGAUCGGCUUGUUUGGGCCAGUUAAGAAGUUUAAACCUGUGAUCCCGAAGACGGUGGAGAAGGAGACCUCUCUUCAUAGUUCCCUCAUGAAGGCCAUUCAGUCUGGAGGAGGAACCGAGCGCCUCAGAAAGGUAUCCGACUCUUCCAGAAGCAGCACCCUGACAAAGCCGACUUAUGUGGAGGCAGAGAAUGAAAGAUCUGCGCUCCUGUCAGCCAUCCGAGCACAUCAUUCCACUCGACUGAAGAAGACCAGAUCAGGAGCAGCAGCUGAGCUGGACAAGUGCAGAAAGGCCGAGGAGGACAGAGCUGUGGAGAAAGAUAUGACUUUCAUACCCCCUCCUGAUCCCCCUGCAUUUGCCCCCCCACCACCACCUCCGCCAGCCUUUGUCCCACCACCUCCAACUCCUGCUCGGGUGCUGCCUGCAGGGGGAAACCCAGAGCUGGUCAGAGAAGCUCUGCUGGAAGCCAUACGCACUGGAUCUGGAGCUAAACAGCUUCGGAAAGUUCCUGUGAGCAGGAAAACAGUGAAAGUGAAUGGCCGGCUGGGCAUCAUCCAGGCACCAAGUCCACAUCCUCAAGAACAAUAGAAGUCCACAUUUUUCGUUUGUUUGUUUGUUUGUUUUUUCCAGAUCAGAAUGUGUGUUUUGGGGAAUCAGUAGCCAAAUUCCACACCUCACGUUUCGUGCUCGCUCGUUUCCAUGCUUAUCCAGCACUUCUAGUUUAUUUGAACAGUUACCUGCUGCUUCACGUCCGUGCCAAUUCUUUUCCAUUCAGCCAGUUUGAACUAGUCGAGCUGAAAUGUUUUGUUGUUAGUAUCUUAGCAGGAACAGAAUCAUUUUCUCUUCAGCGGGAGUGCGCAGGCUUUAUCAGUAUUUGCUAAUGUAACAGACAGGGUUAUUUUAUUUGGAUAAGCUUAGUAACAGGGCAGAGAUAAAAUCGAACUGUCAGUCAUAAGAAGUUCUAAUUCUAGCGUGUGUACACAUAUUUAGCGUUUUGCACCACUAUAGCUCAUGAUCAGAAGUAAGCUGCUACGGAGGCUUUUUCUUCCUUUUAAUUUGACACUAUUUAGAGACAAUUCAACGGUUCCUGAUGCAUCGUCGUCCCCGUUCAGCUAUUUCAACCUGAUCUUAUUUCAUUUUCCUGAGCGCUUUACUGUAGGAACCAUGUUAACAGAUGAUUCUGAUUUAUUAAUCUAUUAACAAUUUCCCAUCAUGCUGCUAAACCCUUUACUAACAUGUUCUAUUUAUGCCAUUCUGAUCAAAAGGUGAAAUCAAGAGUAAAUAAUAAUAAAAAUAUAUAUUAUUUAUACGUAUAAUAUAUUAAGUGGACUGUAUGACGGACAUGCAAGGGUCCAGACAGUCAUCGCUUUACAGUUAAAAUAUUAGAAAUGUUAAACAAGUGUAUAUUUUGUAGCAUUAUAUUUUCUCUGAUUUAUUUUCAGAUUGAACUGUUGAUUAGAAUUUUGGUGGAAAGACAUUUUUACUCUUUUGCUUUUUGUAUAUAAAGUGAACAAUAUUUUCCACGCAUUGCACAGUAAUUUAGAUACAAAAAUUUCAUAAAUAAAUAAUUUUGUAAUCA